ACGGGCGGGGGCGGGGCCGGGACAGUGGUUCCCCGAGUUCGGAUCCCAGGAGGCCCUGCGGCCGCCGCGCAGGUUCCGUCCGCCGGGGUCGUGAUGGAGCUGCCUGCCGUGAACCUGAAGGUGAUUCUCCUGAUCCACUGGCUGCUGACAACCUGGGGCUGCAUCGUGUUCUCAGGAUCCUACGCCUGGGCCAACUUCACCGUCCUGGCCUUGGGCGUGUGGGCCGUGGCCCAGCGGGACUCCAUUGACGCCAUAAGCAUGUUUCUGGGUGGCUUGCUGGCCACCGUCGUCCUGGACAUAAUCCACCUCGGCGUCUUCUACCCGCGGUCCGGCCUCUCGGACACCAGCCGCUUCGGGGCUGGCAUGGCCAUCCUCAGCCUGCUCCUCAAGCCCGUCUCCUGCUACCUCGUCUACCACAUGUACCAGGAGCGCGGCGGGGAGCACCUCUUCCACUCAGGCUUCCUCAGGCCUUCUCACGACCACAGCGCCUACCAGACGAUCGACUCUCCAGAGGCACCUGCCGACCCCUUUGCAGGCCCGGAGAGCAGGGAUCCAGCCGUCCGAGGGUACUGAAGCCAGCCGCGCGGAGCCUGGACCCACGCCAGGCUGCCCACUUCCUGGUACCUGGGCGGUCGUCCUGCCCCGCGUGGCAGGUGUGGCCUGAAUCAGUGUCCUGAGACGCCAGGACCCGUGCGGACACCUGUCCCAAACUCCCCAAGGCCUCCCACCCGCAAAGGCCGCCCACGGUCCCCAGGCGGGAACCCUGGUCUCCUUCACUCCCACGCCACAGCUGCGUGGAGCAGCCCCGUUGUACCUGAGUGUGGCGGAUCAGUGAGGCCCGCUCACGUCUCCCCUGGUCUGUGGGGCCCCUCCAGAGCAGCCCGGAGGGCUCCAGAUCACGCUUGGCCCGGGAGUGAGGUCCCCGAGCUUCCCACUGCCUGGCUGCUCGGCUGCGGCCUGGAGGAGGUGUGUGAGCAGCACCCAGGACCCUCCAGGCCUGCAGGGCCCCUCGGGGCCACGGCAUGAAAGUCAGGAAUUCUGGGACGGGCUGCAUUUCAAGCCAUGUUUGAUCUGGCUGGGCUGGGGCCUGGCUGCUCAUGGCUGGGACAGUUUCUCCUGGCUGAGCUGCCUGUUCCGUUGUGGCUGGAGGAAAAGGACUCACACAGCCGCAGGGCUGGACCUGCCCUGAGCCUGGCUCUGGCCUCGCCAGGGCCACAGCAGCCAAGGGCAUCCGGGUGUCUCCAUCAGAUGAGCCAGCCGUCGGUCUGGACCCUGCCCUGCCGCUGAGUCGCCGUGUGCCUUCCGUGUCUUCUGGAAAGGGCUGAUGCCUGCCAGAUGGUGGCUGCAAAGUCCGUGCCAAGUGCCUGGGCUGUGAAGGGCUCCCCAGGGCACAGCCAGCUGGCGGUGAUGAGCACGGGCGGGGAGGUGAGGGCGACUCUCACCGCGGCUGUGGCGUUCUGGCCUCGGAGCUGACUUGGGUUCAGAGUCCCUCCAGUCCCAAGGCCAGGUCCCGCCCUGUUGUGUCCCCUCUGGUUCCCUGGCAUCCAGAGGUCAAGAUCAUGGACACAGUCCCCCACCAUUGUUGUGGAGCCGUCAGUCAAUCAGAGGAGGCUGAGUAGCUGCCAGGCCUGCAGGGUGCUGGGGGCUUCUCGGCAGGCAACAGCCUGAGGCCGACAGGGCCCUGCAGUGCAGCCCGGGAGGCUGGGCGGCCGCGGUUGUGUGAUGGUGGAGACAGCCACGCUGUUGUCCAUCCCUGUGCAGCGAGCGCACCAGCAGUGGAGUGAACAAAGCAUGCUUGUCCAUCAGAGCGGCUGCCGCGCUGUGCGUGGAGCCGGCUGCGGAGUGGCAGGUGCAGGAGAACGUUGUGCGUUUUAACACCUCAGCAGUGCCACAGGUCAGUCAGUCUUUCUCCUUUCUAAGAUUUAUUUAUUUGGAAGGCAGAGUUAGAGGGAGAGAGCUUCCUCUGCUGGUUCUCUCCGCAAACGGCCGCAGUGGCUGAGGCUGGGCCGGACUGAAACUCCAUCCCAGUCUCCUCCUGGGCCGGGGGACCCCAGGGCUCGUGCCCUCUCUGCUGCUUUCCCAGGCGCAUUCGCGAGCCCGAUCGGAAGCAGAGCACCUGGGACUGGAACUGGUGCUCCUGUGGGAGGCCAGUGUCACAGGCAGGGGCUUAACCCACUGCACCACAACACUCCUCCCUGUGUGUCAUUCGGGGCUGUGCACGUGGCACAAUACAAAACCGUGGGCCGGAAGGACACGUCCUGUUCUUGAUGGUAGUGGCCUUGAGUGGACACGGUGCAUGGCCAGCGGAGUGGGAUUCGACCGAGGGCAGCUGAGGGCCCCCGGCAUGGCGUCCGUGUGGCCCACAGUCAGGUUUCCCAACAGAGAGUUCCACGCCCCCAAGUCUGGCUGGCUUUUGGGGGAGGGGGCAGAGGAGGGCUCCUGUCUCAGGCGGGGUCCCCAGCAGCAGACCCUGAGAAGAAAGCCAGGGUCAUUGCCAGGAGCUGCUGUGAGGACGGGUGGGAGGGGAGACUUAAACUUCAGGCAUCGGGAGGCUCCCGAUCCAUGUCGGGAGUCAAGUGGCUCCUGGAACCCAAGGCAGGCAGGAGCAGUGCAGGGGCACCAGUGUGGCUGCCCCCAUCCACACAGCAGGCCCCAGCAGGGAGACUGAAAGAUUGAAUCAUUUGUUUAUUUGACAGGCAGAGUGACACAGAGAGAGAUCUUCCAUCACUGGUUCACUGCCCAAAUGCCCACAAGAGCCAGGGCUAGGCCAGGUGAAAGCCAGGAGCCUAGACUCCAUCCGGGUCUCACCUGUAGGUGCAUGGGCCCAAGAACGUGGACCCUCGUCUGCUCCCUGCCGGGCCUGUUAGCAGGAAGGUAGAUCAGAGGUGGAGCAGCUGGAUCUCACACGAGUGCUCUGACAGGGAUGCUGGCAUUCCGGAGGCAGCUUAACCUGCAGUGCCACAACACCAGCCCCCCGAGGGGCAAAUCCUGACAUUCACUGGACGAAUGACUGGGGAUACCGGACGGGGGCGGAAAAGCCCUGAGCCCCAGGAGAGGCUCUGAGGCACAGGGACAUCUGCCGGGAAGGCCUGAGGCUGGGACGUGCCUGCCCAGCGUGUGGGGCAUAGCCAGGCGGCCAGUGUGGCUGGAGCCAAGCGAGGAAGGCAGGUGAGACCCAUAAGGACUUCAGCUCCUGAGCGAGAUGGGCAGAGAUGGACACGGUCUGAAGUCCAGAGGGACCGCCAGCAGCUCGGACCUCGAGGAGAAGUCGACGGUGACCGGGCCAACUUGGGGAUGCCUUGUGGAGGCAGAGCGGCAGGGCUCGCUGGUGAGCUGGAUGGGGAGAGGAGAGGUGAUGGCAGCUGUGGGGUCCGAAGGGCUGGGGCCUGCCUGGUCAGAGGGGAGGGCUGGGGUGUCGGCAGGCCAGUGUCUUGCCAAGCUGUCCAACUGGAUGUCUUUGCCACCAGAGCAAAGACAGAGAGGCCCCUGGCCAUGGGGCGGCCUCCACUGGCAUUCUAGAAACUGCUGAGCACAGCAGGCAAGUGCCCCCAGCUUCGCCCUGGAGGGCUGCAGGCGCUCACAGCUCAGCCUUCCAGGUGACGAAGCCAGAGAAACUGCCCCGGGCUGGCCACUGCCUUCCGUGAGCCCUCAGUGUCCAGGAUGGCCCAGAACUUCCAACUCCACGACCUGUCCCCAAACCAGCUCUGGAGCCGGCGAACCCUAGUUUGAAUCCCAAAUGUGCCUUGUGACUGGCUGAACCAGGACGGCAGCCUCCGCCCUCACCACACUUCAUUUUCUCAUCUGAGAAAUGGGAGAGUCGGGGCUGGCGCUGAAGCACAGUGGGUAAAGCAGCUGCCUGCAGUGCCAGCAUCCCACAUGGGCGCCAGUUCAAGUCCUGGCUGCUCCACUUCUGAUCCAGCUCCCUGCUAGUGCACCUGGGAGAGCAGCGGAGGAUGGCCCAAGUACUUGGGCCCCUGCAGUCAUGUGGUGACCGGAAGAAGCUCCUGGCUUCAGAUCCGCCCAGCUCCAGCCUUCACGGCUGCUUGAUGGAAGACCUCUCUGCCUCUGCCUCCACCUUCCUCUAACUCUGAUUUUCAAGUGAAUAAAUAAAUCUUUAAAAAGCAA